AUGUCUUCUGUGACGGAUUGUACAUGUGACAAGUUAAACUCUUUUAAAAGUCCAUGGUGUGAUGCUGACUGUUUUGUUGUAAUCACAGGUGCAAGUCGUGGAUUCGGUCGGGCGUUCGCUGUGGAGCUAGUAAAGUCAAUGUCAUCUGGGGAAGACCAUGCUGCUUCCUUAAAUGUUUUACUAAUGGCUCGUGAUGUUGAUGCUCUUCGUGUAACAGAGUCUGAGAUGUAUACAUCAUUAUCAAUAAAUUCUAAAAUGAAAUUAACUAUAUUAGUAUCAAUAUCAUCAUUAGAUAUGUGUAAUGCUAAUAAAGAGAAUUUAUUAAAUGAUUUAAAACCAUUAUUUGAAUUACAUUCAUUAUAUCCAAUAAAAUCCAAUCAAAAUUAUCAAUGGAAUAUGCUUGUUCAUAAUGCAGCUACAUUAGGUAAUAUUCAAUUAAAAUCUUAUGAAUGUUUUGAUAUUACAACAUUAGAUGCUUAUUAUCAUGCUAAUUUAACUGCACCUAUUUUAUUAACAAAUUUAUUUCUUAAUUAUUUUUUAAUGAAUCAUCAACCAAUUACUAUAGUAAAUAUAUCUAGUUUAACUGCUAUUAAACCAUUACCAUAUAUGUCUAAUUAUUGUAUUAGUAAAUCAGCUAGAGAAAUGUAUUUUAAAUGUUUAUCUAUAGAGAAUCCAUCAUUAGCUAUAUUGAAUUAUUCACCUGGACCAUUAAAUACCAAUAUGUUAAAUGAGAUUCUUAAUAAUCAUGGUCAUUUAGAUACACGUAAUGAAUUUAAACAAAUGAAAUUGAAUGGUCAAAUUAUUGAACCAAAUGAAUCUGCACGUGUAUGUAUUCAAUGGCUUAAAAAACAAAUACCAAUAGAUUCAUCUAAUAGAAAUUCUAUUCCUAAAUUAUUACAUUGUUUAAUACAUGAUAAUAAAGAUUAUACAAAUUUAUGGUUAGGACUACAUUUAGAUUAUUAUGAUGCUAUUCAAAAUGUAUAA